AUGGCGAGUUCUAUGGUACCGCUCUUUGUAACGUGCAAUAUUGUAGCACUACUUCUCAUGAGUUGUUGUUCUUAUGCUGCAAUCGUCGAGCAUAGCUUCCAUGUACAAAACUUAACAGUUCAACGAUUAUGUGAAAAUCGAGUUAUUACAGCGGUAAAUGACAGCUUACCAGGACCCAUAAUAAAUGUUCGUGAAGGCGAUACACUUAUUGUUCAUGCCUUUAAUAAAUCUCCCUACAAUCUCACAAUUCAUUGGCAUGGAAUUUUUCAGCUAUUGACAGCUUGGGCAGAUGGACCCGAGUUCGUGACUCAAUGUUCCAUACAACCUGGAAACAACUAUACAUAUCGAUUCAAUGUUACCGGACAAGAAGGAACCUUGUGGUGGCACUCGCACGUUCAAUGGCUUCGUGCAACCGUCUAUGGGGCGCUAGUCAUUCGCCCUAGAGCCGGUAACUCGUAUCCUUUCCCAAAGCCCCAUAAAGAAUACCCUAUUCUUUUAGGAGAAUGGUGGAAUGCAAAUGUUAUCGAUGUUGAGAACGAGGCUUUCGCUGUCGGUCGUGCACCUCAAAUUUCCGAUGCUUAUACCAUCAACGGCCAGCCUGGUGACCUUUAUCCGUGUUCUUCAAAUAAAACGCAUCGAAUAACCGUUCAAAAGGGAAAAACAUACAUGUUGAGGAUCAUCAAUGCGGCACUUAACAACCAACUAUUCUACAAAAUAGCCAACCACACCAUGACCGUCGUCGCAAUAGACGCCGCCUACACCGUGCCAUAUGUAACCGACGUCGUCGUAAUUGGCCCCGGUCAGACAACCGACGUGCUCCUAUUCGCCAAUCAACCCGCAAAAACAUAUUACAUGGCGGCGCAUCCUUACGUCACUGUCCCCGGAAUAAAUUUCACACAAACGGCCACCACGGGAAUCCUAGUCUACGAGAAAUCCGACUCGACUCUAACACCAAUCAUGCCCGAUCUCCCGGCUUUCAACGAUACACCCACGGCCCACAAAUUCUUCACUAACUUAACCGGCCUUGCAAAUGGCCCGCAUUGGGUCCCUGUCCCACUUAACGUGGACGAACACAUGUUCGUCACGAUAAACCUAGGGUUGAUCCGAUGCGAAGCCAACCGCACUUGUGAAGGACCGGCGAACCAACGGUUCGGCGCGAGCAUGAACAACGAGUCGUUCGUGUUACCUUCCGCAUCGAGAUCAACCAUGCUCCAAGGGUUUUUCAACAACAACAGAACCGGAAUCUAUACUACCGAUUUCCCCGAUAAUCCACCAAUAGAAUUCGACUACACGAACCCGAUCAAUGGCUUCAAUCUAUCACUCUUGUUCACAUCAACUUCCACGAAAGUGAAGAAGUUGAAAUUCAAUUCGACCGUGGAGAUAGUGUUGCAAAACACUGCCCUGCUUGGAGUAGAGAAUCACCCUAUACACAUUCACGGAUUCAACUUCUACGUAUUGGCACAAGGAUUUGGAAACUAUGAAGAAUCGGUUGAGGGUCGAAAGAAGUUUAACCUAGUCAAUCCUCAAAUACGUAACACAGUGUCUGUGCCAGUUGGCGGGUGGUCAGUGGUUCGUUUCACUGCGAAUAAUCCAGGUGUAUGGCUGAUGCAUUGCCAUCUGGACGUGCACUUUCCUUGGGGCCUAUCAAUGGCUUUUGAAGUUGAGAAUGGACCUACUCCAUCUACUACUCUGCCUCCUCCUCCUUUAGAUCUACCUCAUUGUUAAUCACAUGAUUGCUUUGUUUAUCAUCAUUUCAUAUGUUCAUUUAUUAUUAUUUGUUUCAUAUAAAAUAAGGGUUU